AUGGGGUGCACUCCCUCUCACAGUGAGCUUGCUAAUACUAUUGCAAGAACUAGUCUUAAGAGUUUGAAUAAACCCAAAAGGAUUUUGCAUAUUGAUCCAGGAGAUAAAGGAAUACCUAUGCUGGUUAAAGGUUCAUCUUGCUACAAUUCUGAUGAACUCCACCAAUAUGGGAGAAAAUACAUGGGAGAAAAGGAGGAUAAGCUGUCAGAACAGGACAAAAAUGAUAAUUUGCUGUUAUCUUCCAAGGAUAAUUCAGAUAGCCAGAUUUCCAGGGAAGACAAAAUUGAGAGGACAGCAAUAGAUGCUGAAGUUGUUAUGUCUGAACUGAUUGAGUCUCAAAAACACAUAACUGAGGCCAUACAGAUCAGAAAGCAAAACUCCUGUGAGUCAGAAGGAUCAGCUUUCAUUUGGGAUGACAAGAAUGAAAGCAAUGCAAAGCAAAUGCCAAAGAAAGGAAAGAAGCAAAAAAAUCACAAGCUGGAAAAGCAAGGUCGACCUAGAAAAAUUAAAGAAAAGUCCCUUUUGGCCCCUUGUGAGACAGAGGAAAAAGUAGAUUUCCCAGAAGUGCUUGUUAAGGCUCAUCAGAGUGCAUAUGCCUUCUUAAAUCCUAACCUCUCUAAGUAUGAAACUAUAAUCCACAUGGCCAGCCAGGCUACCCAAACACAGCUCUUCCUACAGCAAAUGGUAAGCUUCCUCAUGCUUCGCUUUGAUGAAAUCAACCAGCUCCUAGAAGAAAUUGCCAGUGAUGGGGAAAAUCUUCUCAAAGAUGUAGGUGGGAACCUGGCAUGGCCAGUUGAAACAGGUGAUUUGAAGGAGCACCCCGAUCUUCUGCAACAACUACUGCAAUACACAGUCAAUAAAAUGAAGUCACUGAGUGGGACGCUGGCCUUGCUCACCUCCGACGCCCUGCAAGAGACAUGCAGAUACCUGCAGUCUGCUGCAAGCAAAUUGGAAGGAAAACUGAAAGCAAAGCAAAGCUUUGAUGAACGUCUGCUACGAACAGUAAGGCUGCUUGAAGCCUCAGCAGUGGGACGCUCUCAGUCCCAUGGUGAUGACAGAACUCUCUGUUCUGAGGACAGUGGCAUUGGCGUGGACAGUGAAUCCCUGAAAGAGUUCAGUGCUCUCAGCCAGCAUGGAGGGCAGGCAAGCUAUGAUUCCUACCCACGUGGACAUCUGUCCCAGAAGCAUGCCAGAACAGUGGAGCACGUGCAGGAUGGCACAGUGUCACCAAGCACAGCUGCAUCCCAUGACUGUGCGCUUGAAAGGCAUUUUACAGAUAUAUUUUGUUCAGCCAUGCAAAGCAGGGGAGCCGAUUCUUGUCAGGGUGGAGUACCAGAAGGAGCUUCUGCUAUGCCUCAAUAUGCAUUCUUGAGCAAAAGCCAUACUUACAAUUCCUUCCAGUCUGACUCUACUCAGGAAGAUGAACAUUUCAAAAUCUGUGAAUCAACACAUUUCCCUUCUGAUUAUGAUGAUGAUGAAGGAAGCACCCUAGGGGAAGAUGAUGACAACACAAGCUUAUCAGAAGUGGGGAAGGAUGAUCUGCCAAAGAGGCCCCUGUCUUCACCUGCAGUCACUGAUAACACACAAAGGCAGUCCAUCAAGAGGGCAGAGAAUGCAGAAACAGAGGAAAUUAUUCUGAAGAUGAAAGAUGCCAUCAGUGAAAAAAUCAAGUUUGUCCCAGAUAAAUCUGGGCAUAAGGAAUGGAUAGAGGAUGAGAGUGGAAGAGCAGUCCUGAAAACAAGACCCAGUACAGCAACAGGCAGCCAGAAAACCUUCAGGAAACAAAGACGGUCCAGGUCAGAGGAGUCCCUCAGAAGCCAGGCAGAGGAUCCAACCCUCCUAGAGCUUCAAAGAACUCAAAAAGAGCUGAGCAAAAGGCUGGAAAUGUUUUAUGAAAAGAAGGGUACAGAUAACAAGCCAGAGCCUUGGGAGUCAAGAAGAACACCCUGUCUGCAGGAUGAGCAAAUUACAUCCAGGUCAUCCAGCAAACUGAGGGCCUGCCUCUCAAAAAAUUUCAGCAUCCUGCCUAACCAGGAUAAAGUUCCUUUGUCCAUGGUUGAUCAAAAUCCUGCCCAUCAGCUGAAUCAGAAAAGAGGCAGGAAGCCUUUGAGAGCUACUGUGCCCACCCAGGAGACAUCAGAAAGCAAAGAAAAGGAGCCUCCUGGAACAAAAAUAUCCAGUGGCAGUAUCUGUGCCCCUCGACAGUCUGUCAAAAAGCUUAUUGAAACAUUCAGUCCUUCUGAUGAUCUUGUGAAAGUGGCACCUUUAAGAUCUUUAGGACCAAUCAAGUGCAUCAGAAAAUUUGAACUUCCAGUCAUCCCAUCUACCAUUCAGUUGCAGAGAGGCCUGGCACCUUUAAAUCUUAAGCAUCGCAUUUCACCAGUAGAAGAAACAAACCCUUCAAACACCAAUGGAGUUCCUUCAAACUUUCCAAAUGCCCUUUCUCCACCAGCUGAAGAAUUAAAGGACACAAAGGAAGAGACUGAUGAAGACAUUGAGAAUCUGCCUCCCCCACCAUCUGAAAUGCUAAUGGACAAUUUUUUCGACUUACCUGUGCCUGAAGAAACUUCAAGAAUAGAAGGAAACUCUUCAGAAGAUGCCAAAAAUCCUGUACAAACAGAACUCCAUGCUACAAAGAGAUCAAAAGUUUCCCCCAAAAUUAAAGCCUCCCUUCAGUCCAUUGACUUAUUGCCAAGUAAAAAUACCAACAGACCCACUGUGAUCACUAACAAAGGUGUAAGGAAUACUGGAUCAGGGGACGAGAAGCUGAAAAGGUACUCUCUAGAGCUCAACCCUACAAAUGUGCGCAUCCCUACCCAGGAGGAGAUAUUGGCGACCCAGAGAAAAGAGGCUGCAGAUUUGUACAAGCAAACCCAUAAAAUUAUUCCUCUUCAAAAUCCCAGUGGGGUGUCAAAAUCAGGCAGCAGCAGCUCAGAGAGCAAAGAGCCUAGUUCACCUGCAACUUCAGUACAAUCCCAGAAGCAUAGUUCACCCAGUUCACCCAGGAGAAGUGAAAAAGGGUCAGUAUUUGCCAGGAAGGUCUGCCCAACAAGAACUCCUCCUUCUCCACCAACAGAGAAACGUUUUUUCAGCCCGCCAACAUACCACCGGCACUCUCUGCAGGCUUCGAGCAAUCCACAGCCCAGCUCACCCACCAUGCAGAGGAAACCCAGUCCCCCCUCUAGCCCCAGGAUGCCCAGCCCACCUUUGCAGAAGAAGCUGCCCUCUCCACCACCACAGCGAAAGCCACUCAGCCCUCCCACAGGGCACAAGCAAAGCUCCCCAGUGCUACAGCGAAUGCCGGGCUCCCCAGCCUACAGCCGAGACCCAAGCCCCCCUCCAUUUCUCAUCACCCCCUCUCCACCAACCUCCCCAUCACGCUUCCACAAGGGGCUGAGAGCUGGGCUGGAUGCUGGGGAGGAGCACCAGCUCCCCUCCUCCAAGAGAAGCAGCAAUGUCCGUUCGAUAUUUUGCCGGGCCACUUCUUCCCUAUUUGAAGCCAGACCUUCACUGGAACCCAACAAACCUGCUGCAGAGGUGACCCGCCAGCCUAUAGCUUCACCGCUUACCCAAAAGAGCAAUCUGCUUUUCCAGCAGCCUGGAGACAGGACCAGAAAGCUCUCCCUAGGUGCUGCCAGUCCUCAGCAAUUUCCGAGAAGUUUCUCUGACUGCCAGCCAGGAGUCCAGUUCCGUCUUCCAGCUCCUGCAGCAGCUGUCAGUGAACCCAUGCUUAACCAAGCAAGCUUGGAGGAGGGCGCUAGAAAAGCAGAUGACUCUUGGAACAGCCCUUGUACUCCUGAAAUGAAAGAGUCUAAGAGAUCCUCUUCCCACCCUGAGCUUUAUGUUGUGGGCCAGGGGCUGCAGAGGGACUAA